AUGGGCAUUCCCGGUCUUAUACAUGCUAUUGGCAAAGGAGAACGCGUUUCACUCUCUAAAUUGGCAGUAUCCCACCUGCAACGAACCGCCAGACCGAUUCGAGUCGCUGUUGAUAUUUCUAUUUGGCUAUUCCAGGUCCAAGCUGGUCGCGGGGGCAAAAACCCCGAGCUACGAACAUUAUUCUUCCGACUUCUAAAACUCUUAGCCCUGCCAAUUCAUCCGCUUUUCAUCUACGAUGGUGGGCAAAAACCAGCAUUUAAGAGGGGGAAAGCGGUAUCGGGGCGCAGUUAUGGAAAUGCACCAAUAAUCAGACGGUCGAAAGACCUAAUAGAACGGUUCAAAUUUCCGUGGCAUGAAGCUCCAGGUGAAGCUGAAGCCGAAUGUGCGCGUUUGCAGCAAGCCGGGGUCGUGGAUGCUGUUAUGAGCAACGAUGUUGACGCUCUUAUGUUUGGUUCGAGCUUGACUAUCAUGAAUUUUUCGAAAGAGAAAGGGAGCGGGACAACGGCCGCGACGCACGUUACUUGCUACCGGAUGGGUCACGAAGAAAACGUCUCAAAUGCACCACUCAGUCGAGCUGGAAUGAUACUCUUCGCCAUGCUCAGCGGAGGCGAUUACUUACCUGGGGGGGUUCCAAAGGUUGGACCCGGACUGGCUGCAGAGAUCGCGAAAGCUCGCUUUGGGGAGGAUUUACUCCAAGAAAUCGCCUCCCACUCUCCGGACAUAGAGACACGUCUUAGCGAAUGGCGGGAACGAUUACAAUAUGAACUUGAGGAGAAUGAAAGCGGCUAUUUCACAACAAAACACAAAGCUGUUCGCAUCCCUGACACAUUCCCCGACCAAACAAUUCUCGAGUAUUAUGCAGAGCCGAAGGUCUCAUCCGAUGAUGAUAUAGUCAAUCUUAGGUGCACUCUCCGGCACGCAUGGGAUAGGGAUAUCGACCCUUUAGCGAUCAGGACCUUUGCAGCUGAAUACUUCGAAUGGAACUAUCGAUCAGGUGCCAGGAAGAUAAUCAAACUCCUCGCUGAGCCUCUUGUUUGCUACAAACUUCGUCUUCAACGACCUGUCUCUGGCUUGCCGAGCGGUACUUUAGCACCUGAUUGUGUUACGCCUUGGCUCCAACAGAUAUAUCGAACCCGUGCAAACUUUGGAACCGAUGGCACGACCGAGAUGCAAGUUGACAUACUACCGAUUGAUGUCGUUGGCAUUGACCUUCUCGCUGAAGAGCCGGCCCCUCUACCUCCCACCGAAGAGAGCAUGCCUUCAGAAGACAUAGGUCAAGAAGAUGAGGAAGAAGAACUAGAAAUUCUAGGCGAUGAACCCCCAUCAACUCCCUCAAAGUCUCAGACACGGGCCAAAAAGCGGUAUGACCCAAUGGCCGUCGGAAAAAUUUGGAUCUUUGAGACUGUUGCCAAACUGGGAAUUCCUCUUGUUGUCAAAAAGUGGAACGACGAACAAGCCGCAAAAGAGGCUGCGAAGGCGGCUGCUUUGGCAAAGAAGGCUGCGCCAAAACCCAAGAAGACAACUACUCGUCGUACUGGUCCCAAAAGGAAAGGGCCAAUCGACGCAGGCAUGAAGCAUGGGAGCAUCCUGAAAUAUGGAACUCUCACCAAGGAAAAUUCCGAGCUGUCCUCUUCCAAUAAGUCACACAUUAUCGGUGCCGUAUCGUCUCAAUCAUCGCUGAAAUCCACUCAAGAAUCUUCUUCCGGGUUCAAAACACCGCCCUCCUUCGCUGAAAGCUUUGAUUUUGGAACGGAUUUCUCCUCCGACAUCUACUCUCCACCGCAAGGACCUAAUUUCAACAAUCACACCUCUCAUGAGGUUGACAGCCUUAUAGACUCAUUCUCAUCAUUACUCACUGCGUCCCCCAUAUCAAAGAGUUCAACUCAGAUAAAGCGUCGCCCAAUGGCCAGGCCACCGCCAAUGCGAGCUUGUGCGUCAAUUCCAGGGACUGGGGAAGUGGAGACUGCCAAAGAAGAUUUCGUGAUCGACGAUACGGUUGCUUCCCCUAUCCCAAGAGGUCUCAGAAUUAGCUACUCGGUCAACGCUGAUGAGCACGCUCAAACAACUGCAGGUGCAGUCAAAUCGAAAUUGAAUGUGCCAUUGCCGAAAAAGCCAGUUGUUGACAAACCCAAAACCAAGAAACAUGUCCCUGUCGCAAACACUCAUUGCGAUGUCGUUGACUUGGAAGCUGCCGUUGGCUCAUUAUCACUAUCAGCACGACGGGAUAAUGAACACUCUCAGAAUCUCCCUGUACCAAGGAUCAAAGAUUCCUAUUUGAACAACAGCGAAGAAUUGGCCACAAAAUCUAGCCCUUCUAAACAGAAACCUAAAACAAAGAAGAAGAAUACUGAGUCCAAAAAGUCCAACGGCCAUCUUGAAAACAUUUCAACGCACAAUGGCUUCUGGUCUAUUGAUGAGCCAAAUGAAACCAACGCAGACGAAGCAACUUCGAAUAACCGCGAGUCUACCUCUAACGCAGGAGGUGACCAAAACAAGAACAGAAAGAAACGUGUUCCCCGUGUCAGCAUUCUCGAUUUAAUUUGA